UGUCGCAUUUGCAACUAUUUUAGUGUUUUGAUCGCAGACGCUGCUGAGAUGUUAAAUGCGAUUACGUUUACGUGUAGCUUGUGGAGUUGAUGUAUCAGAAGAGUUUUACUGGGGAGGUUUUAAGGCUGAGUUGGGGUUAGGAUUGAAUUGCCUUUAGAACAAGAAGGGAAAAGUUGUAGUAUUUCGACGUGCACUGAAUUUGACUGGACGAUCAAAACUCCUUCCAAUCGAUCGUGUGUGUGUUUCCGGUUAAUCCGAAUCUAUGUUCUGAAAAUUAAUGUAGACUCAAGACCCAGUGCAGCAAUUAAUCCAACUGAGCGUUGUUCGAGCAUACUGUUGAAAACUGUUGAAAACUCAUCAAGACUUCAUGUCUUUCCGACGCAAUGCAGGAGAGUCAGUUGCAGUGCCAACGAUGGAGCUGGCAUGUUCGCUGGGGAUGAGAUAUUUUUAAAAAUUAAAAAUUAAAAAGAAAACGAAGUAGAAUAUCUAGUCGCGCAUGUUCCAUUCAUGACAUAUUUCUAGGAGGUCCUAUUCAGAUAAGUUCUCGAGGAUACUCGUUCGAAACAAUGAACUCGAACCCGGCGUGAGGUGGAUGCUGUUGUCAAGGAGAAUCUCAAUUUGCACAUACUGUGUGUGUGAGCCCAUCAGUCAGCUUUGGCCGUCGAGUGAUUCCUAUCUUGCAGAAAUUCUUUUAUAGCAGGUCGGGCGAUACUGUAAGGGUACAGUCUGCUGCCGCUUGUGGAAAGCUUGGGGUGAAGAACCCAGUAGGCAUGGAUUUCAGAGUAGGCCUUUUUGACGCCACCUUUGUGCCUCUAGGAUUCAUAAUCCUUCUGUCGUAUCAACUAUUCUUGUAUUUUAGAGUGCGGUAUGCACCCAUGCGCACAGUAAUAGGGGUGAACCACCUUGCCAGACGACAUUGGGUUGAGAGUAUGAUGAAGGACAAUGACAAGAACAACAUCCUGGCGGUUCAAACUCUCCGCAACACCACCAUGGGGUCCACGAUCAUGGCAUCCUGAUGUUGUCCGCCACUGCUGUCUUCAUUAGCAGUGCGCACUUCAACACCACGGAACCGCUCUUAGGCGCCAGAGACCCCACACUGCGAUGCAUCAAGUUCAUAAUCCGCAUGGUCUGCUUCCUGCUCUCAGUCCUCACCUUCAUGAAGUCUGUGCGGUACAUCAACCACGUGAACUUCCUCAUCAACGUGCCACUUCAGACUCUGCGCUGCCCCCCAGAAUACGUCUCGACAGUGCUAGCCAAGGGAUGCAACUUCCACACAGUCGGUAUACGAGCGUUCUACUUUGUCUGCCCCCUGUUUAUGUGGCUCUUAAGUCCCAUAGCAAUGCUGUGCAGCUGCACUUUUCUUGUGCCGUUGUUAUACUACCUCGACGUCAGUGGUCUUGACCAACAAUAACUAUAGUAGAGAAAGGUCAUCCACGGCUAGUGUAGCUUAUCUGAUCACCGAAGUAAAGCUCAGACAAAAAAACAUUCUCACGACAUCGCUCUUCGAAGUCCAAGCUCCGUUUUCAAGCUUCGAUCCAUGUAACAGCUUCAUCUGGUAUCAAGUUGGUGGAAGCCAUGCUAGCAUCGUCUCCGAGACUCAUGUGUACUAAAAACCUUGCCUCAAAUGUUGCCUCAAAUUUGUAGAGCAUUACUUGCUGCAGAGUUGUGUGCAAAGCCUGUGUGAAGAAUGGACCCACUGCGUCAGAAACUCAGUUUGAAUGUGGUGUGCAUAUGCACAUGUGCCUUAUUGAAAUGUUACAAUGUAUUAAAAAUACCAUGUAUAAAAUAUACAAAGAAACGCCUUCAUGGGCAUGGUUUUGUGAGGGUUUAGUCUUCAGGGUUUUAAUCUCAAAGUGAUGAAUACAGUAAAGGCAAACAUGGUUUUUAUAAAGUUUUCUUUUUGCCUUUU